AUGGAAACCAAAACCGAUGUGGAAUCACAGCCCACGCAAGUCAAUUCCCCGCACGACUCGGAUACAGAGGAACCUAUCAAGCCACAACCACCAACGGGCUACACCAUCCAAUUUUGGCGCAAAUGUCUCAUCCUAUUCAUCGUCAGUUGGAUGACUCUCGCGAUCACAUUUUCUAGUACCUCAUUAUUACCGGCCAUUCCUGAAAUCGCAGGACAGUUCUCCACGACGUCGGAAAUUCUCGAUGUUAUUAAUGCGGGUGUGCUCAUUGCGAUGGGCUUUUCGUCGUUCAUCUGGGGCCCUAUAACCAAUGUUUUUGGGCGGCGAAUUGCCUACAAUGCGGCUAUCCUGGUUCUCUGUGCCUGUUCGGCAGGUACAGCUGCGUCCAUUAAUUUGCAUAUGUUUAUUGCGAUGCGCUUGCUCAGUGGAUUUACGGGAACAUUUUUCAUGGUCGCGGGACAGACUAUCAUUGCGGACAUUUUUGAGCCGGUUGUGCGGGGAACAGCUGUUGGCUUCUUGAUGGUGGGAUCCGUUAGCGGACCUGCAAUUGGUCCUUGUAUCGGAGGUAUCAUCGUCACAUUUGCCCACUGGCGCAUCAUCUACUGGCUCCAAUUUGCCAUGACUGCACUCGGCUUAGUGCUAUCUCUUCUUUUCGUACCGAACCUAGAGACAAAGAGAGAGGACAAGCCGUCUCGUGAUCUGUCAUAUGUGCUAAGCAUGUUUAACCCGCUCCGCAUCUUCCGCCCAAUGGUUUAUCCAAAUGUUUUCCUCUCUGUAAGUUCAACUGCACCUUUCAUCUUGAUCCCUUCUGACACACGACAGCAUUUGACGUGCGGUUUAUUGGCAACAUUCCAAUAUGCUAUUCUCACAUCUGCACGCACCAUCUUUAAUCCCCGCUUCAAUUUAACUUCGCCACUAGUGAGCGGUCUCUUCUACCUUUCGCCGGGAAUUGGCUUCCUCGUUGGAAGUGUCGUGGGCGGCAAACUAUCCGAUCGAGCUGUGAAAAAGUGGAUCAUUAAGCGUGGCGGGGUCCGUUUGCCUCAAGAUCGGCUGAAUAGUGGACUCAUCACCCUGUUCUUGGUGCUACCCAUCGGGACCUUGAUAUAUUCAUGGACUCUGGAGGAAGGGGUGGGUGGUAUGCCCGUGCCUAUCAUUGCUGCAUUCUUUGCGGCUGUUGGACUCAUGGGUUCAUUUAAUGGGUUGAAUACUUACUCAGCCGAGGUUAUGCCACAAAUACGCUCCGAGGUAAUCAGUGGCAAGUAUAUUGUGCAGUAUAUCUUUGCCGCAGGGGCCACUGCGGCCGUUGAUCCUCUGAUCAAUGCGAUUGGGGUUGGUUGGACAUUUACCAUUUGUGUCUUCUUCGCCAUCAUUGGUGGUGUUAAUGUUUGGAUCAUUACGAGAUGGGGACUUGACAUACAGCGAUGGGUGGAAGAAAACUACCUCGACCAACUCGAGGCGGAAAUUCGGCGCUUGAAAGAGCAAUCGGUGACCUCGGUCACACCGGCCGAGGCUCAGCCUGCACAUGCGGAACGGUACGCCGCAGUCUUAUCCGAACGGCCAAAGUUGUCAAUGCUUAUCAGUGUGCCUAGAACUUUAUCUCGCCCAGUGGAAGCUCCAGAUGCCACAAGUAUACAAAAUCCACUCAUAGGCGAUCGUGCCUGGUUCCAUCGUUAUGACCCAUCUUCACCGCCGAUAUACAUCGGCGAAGCGGCAUGUUCGGCUUUUGCUACUCGGUUUCGUCGUUUUUUAACAGGUAACAAUGCUACAGCCCAUAUUGCGCGUACACAGUGGACGCGUGAAGAAACUAUCGCUGCUGCCGCUGCCAAUGAGGCUGACGUCCAAUGGCCCACUCUACACCAUGCCAGGCUGCUGGUUAGGAUUGCUAUUCAUCAAAUUGGAUAUUUGUAUCAUUUGAUGAUGCGCAAGGCUACGCUGGAUAAACUGGAAGAGAUAUAUCAGACCGGGGAUUUUGACUGCAAGGCCAACAAGUGCAAGUUCUUCGCCUUGUUUGCGUUUGGACAAGCGUAUUCCAUUCGUGCGGAGCCUACAUCUGGGUCUCGUGUACCGGGAACAGCUUAUUUCGCGAAGGCCAUGAGCUUAGUUCAGAUUCUUCCUGAGAGAACGAGCAUCACUCAUCUGGAGACUUUAUUGUUGCUAUCACUUUUCUCAUACUAUCUCAACCGUCGGCACUCCGCAUACGUCCUAAUUGGAAAUGCCAUGCGAAUGGGUCUUACAAUCGGAUUAAAUCAUAACAUCUCCGAAUCUCAACUCAUCGAUCCCGUGGAACGACAACACCGAAUUGAAAUAUGGUGGACGAUCUACAUCUUCGACCGCAUGUGGGGCUCCAAAAUGGGUCUCCCCAUGCAAAUCCUCGACGAAGACAUUCACGUGGACAUGCCGACGCCCAUAUCUCCACGCUGGAGACAUGAGGAAGAGUUGUCAGAUACCGAUUACAUGACUGCCAAUAUCAAACUCGCUCAGAUAGUCGGCGAAACUAUCACAAAACUCUACAGCCGACGCAAGUAUCAAGAAACAUUCCUACAGCGCGUGCAGAAACUCUUGAAGUCCUUGAAGCAUUGGGUUGAAACUUUACCUGAGAGCCUGCGGCUGAAUAUGGAGGAUCUAGAAUCUAGCAAGAAACCCCUCGUCUCAUUGCAUAUGGCGUUCAAUCAAUGCGUCAUCCUCACCACCAGACCAACACUUCUUCACCUUCUCAUCACUCUCCGCAAAGCUGGAUCUAGCAGCGCCGGCCGAGAUGAAGUCUCUCAACCUGUCUUGACGCUCAGCGAAGCAUGUAUUCAUGCAGCGCGUCAUUCCCAUUCCAUGAUUCUCACACGCUGGAUCAACGGCACGAUGCCAACAUUCGGGUAUUUCCACGCUCACUAUCUUUUCUCCUCAGCAUUAAUCCUGGCAAUGUCCAGCUUUGUGCCGAUCGGAAACCCAAAUGACAUGAGCGGAUUCGACUCAGCUCUAGAUCUGUUGCGGUCCAUGGCAGAGAAUGGAAAUCUGGCUGCUGCUGAAUUCUGUCACAACUUGGAGCAGGUGAAGGCUUGUUUGAAUACCUAUCGAGUCAAUAAUACUGAAGGGCUAAGACGGAACGAGGGAGGUGCAGAAGGCAAUUCCAAUGCUGGUACUCAGAUGAGUGCCAGUGCAGAUGGCAUUGCCGCUCCAGCGCCAGCGUCAGCCCCUGGUCCCAGUCCAAAUCUGGUACCUGUAUCAUCAACACUGGCAACAUCGUCAACAGCCUUUCCAAGUGCUCUUUCCACUGCGCCAACAGCGCCGAUGAUGCCAUCUGAGAAUGAUAUUUUAACAGCACAGUCAAGUCAUGGUACAGAUAUCUAUGCAUUGCCUUCCAGGGAUACGAUCAGUGGGUACACAACCGAAAUGGCAUUCUUGGAGCCUACCAUGCAAGACUUUCUGGCGCAGUCUGAUAUCGACCUUGGUUUGCUGCACCCCGUUGAUACAUUUUUGAACGAGGCAGAGAACUUGUAUACCUGUCAUGAGCUCUAG